GCCGAACUGUUCUUGACAAAGAUAGUUUUAUGCUGAAUUUUAUUUAAUUGCAGAUGGGGGCCUGCAUUUCUAUUAUUCUCGUUUAAGGCUUACCGGCGAUGCCAACGCCGGUGAGCACGGCCCGGCAGUAUUUGACGGAUGAGGCGGCGCGCGUGCUUGACGAAGCCGUGAACGUGGCCCGUCGCCGGACCCACGCGCAGACCACCUCCCUGCACGCGGUUUCGGCGCUGCUGGCGCCGCCGUCUUCCCUGCUCCGGGAGGCUUGCGCGCGGGCGAGGAGCUGCGCGUACUCGCAGCGGCUGCAGUUCCGGGCGCUGGAGCUCACCGUCGGCGUGUCCCUCGACCGCCUGCCCACCACCAAAUCCCUAGACGACCCGCCGAUUUCCAACUCGCUCAUGGCCGCAAUCAAGCGAUCGCAGGCGAAUCAGCGGCGGCACCCGGACACUUUCCACCUGUACCAGCACUUGCAGAGCCAGUGUCCGUCUUCGUCUCCCCAGAUUUCGAUUCUCAGAGUCGAGCUGAAGCAAUUUGUGCUAUCCAUCCUGGAUGACCCGAUUGUGAGCCGGGUCCUAGGAGAAGCGGGUUUCGGGAGUCUCGAUAUAAAGCUCGUGAUUCUCAAUCCCCCGACCAUUUCCAGAUUCCCUAGGGAUUGGCUCCCGCCCCAAUUUUUCUGCAAAUCACCAGAUUAUGAGCUCAACAGACGCCCCUUCAAUUUCCCAUUUUCCACAUUUCCCCAAAACGAGAAUGUCGACGGGAACUCCAGAAGAAUUGGAGAAGUCCUGGCGAGGAAAAACUCAAGAAACCCUUUACUAAUCGGGUCCUUCGCAAACGAAGCUCUGGAUAACUUCACAGAGUGUCUAAAGAAGGGUGAAGAUGGCGUCCUUCCCCGUGAAAUCAGGGGAUUGAGCAUAAUUUGCAUAGCAGAGGAGAUAUCGGAGUUUUUCCGGCACGGCGAGAGCAAAAAGCCCUCCAUAGCUCUGAAGAUCAAGGAAUUGAGCGGCGCGGUCGAGGGUUGUAAAGGGCCGGGGGUGGUGGUCAGCUAUGGCGAUUUGAAGGUCUUUGUCGACAGGGAAGGAACAGAAGAGGCGAAGUAUUUGGUUUCAGAGAUGAACAGAUUGGUGGAAAUCCAUGGUGGGAAACUGUGGCUGGUUGGAGCUGCUGGAAAAGAUGAAAUCUUUAUGAAGUUCUUGGAGAACUUUCCCUCUGUUCAAAAGGACUGGGAUUUGCAUCUUCUCCCCAUCACCACCAGUUCAGCAGGAUUUAAUGCCAGGUCCAGCUUGAUGGGCUCAUUUGUUCCAUUUGCUGGGUUCUUUCCAACACCAUCAGAGUAUGAGAAUCUACAGAGCAACAUAAACCAGUCCGUUGCUCGUUGCAACCUCUGCAAUGAGAAGUAUGAGGGAGAAGUUUCCAUGCUUUUGAAAGGAUCGACUUCCAAUUCCGUUGCUGAUCAGCAUUCUGGAAACGUCCCUCCUUGGUUACAAAUGACUGCCUGCGGACCAAGCAGUAGAAUGAUUGGGGUAGAGGCCAACAAUGACAUUGUUUUCAACAUCAAAGUUGUGGGUUUGCAAAAGAAGUGGAACGAUAUCUGCCAACGUCUUCAUCAAUCACAUCCAGCUCAACCCAAUGUUUUGCCUUCCACUAGAGGUGAAAGUAAAAGUCAAGAUUUGAUUUUAUCAGAUGAAAGUAGGAUCAGUGAUCAAAGUAUCUCCCCAUCCAAGCCAAUGAUCCGUAAUGUAUCCACGGAUCUAGGAUUGGGAACCAUAUAUGUAACCAUGGAAAAAGAGAAACCAGAACCAAGUUUCGAAGAUCCUAAAGACCUCCCUCGGCAUAUCUCUUGUCCAGUUUCCUCUGAUAAAACUAGUUUGAUUCCUCAAGUAGUGGGAGAUGGGCAGGCUUUAAAAGACUUCAAGUACCUACAAGAAUCUCUUGCCGAGAUUGUUUACUGGCAAGAUGAAGCAAUUCAUGCCAUUAGCCAAACACUAUCAAAGCACAGAAAUGGACACGAUCCAAUGAAAGGAAAUAUAUGGCUCUCCUUUCUCGGACCCGACAAAGUGGGGAAAAGAAAAAUUGCCAGAUUGCUUGCCGAGAGAGUCUUUGGCAGCAAGGAUAGCUUGCUAUUCGUGGAUCUUAGCUCCAUUGAUGACACUAAUAACUCAUCUAACUCUAUGUUCGACCAUUGUGGUUUUUUAAGAAGCCAUGGCAUGAACCUUAGGGGAAAGACAGUUGUUGACUACAUCGCUGACGAGCUAAGCAAGAAGCGCUAUUCAGUUGUGCUUCUUGAAAAUAUAGAGAAAUCUGACUUUCUAGUUCAGAGUAGCCUCUCACGGUCUCUGAAAACGGGUAGAUUCCCAAACUUGCAUGGGCGAGAAAUCAGAAUAAACAACACAAUUUUUGUGAUUGCUUCAAGUGGCUCGAAGGCUCAAAGCAAUUGCCCUACCGGUACGUAUCCUCCCAUGUUUCCAGAAGAAAGCAUACUGGCAGCCAAAGACUCUCAGAUGAAGUUCUUUGUGGGACCGCAGAGUCCAUGUGGCAUGCGAAUCGAGAACACAAAUGUGUUCAUCACCACCUCUAGGAACAAAACAUUAAACAGUUCAUCUGCAAACAAAAGAAAACUAAUCGGCUCCAACACAGAUGUGUUUCGAAGUUGUAAAAGAGCCGCAAAAGUUUGUCUUGAUCUGAACUUGCCUGUGGAGGAGGAAGAGAGAGAAGGGGAGCAAGAUAUUGACGAUUCAACAACAGCCUGGUUGGAUGAUUUCUUGAAGCAAACGGAUGAAAAUGUGAUCUUCAAGCCUUUUGAGUUUGAUGCUCUUGCGAGGGAAAUUCUCAAGGGCAUCAACUCUAAGCUUGUGGAGAUUUUCGGAUCAAAAGCGAUUCUUGAAGUCGACGUGGACAUAUUGACUCAGAUACUUGCAGCUGCUUGGGUAUCCGGCCGAAGAGAAGCAGCGGAGGAUUGGGUUGAAAAGGUUAUCGGCAAUGGCCUUUUAGAAGCUCAAAAGAAAUUUCACCACUUCAGAGACGAUAAUAAAGCAAUUAAAUUAGUUGCAUCUGAAGGCAUUCCUGUAGAGGUUCAUGCUUGUGGGAUUCGCCUUCCGGCCAGAGUAUGUGUAACGUAAAAAUCUGGUAUCCCCCCACCCGUUUUGCAGGUAUAUAAAAUGCUUGUCAUGUUUAGGGAUGUUAGGAAGAUGAAUUGCCUUGUUUUUUGGAUGCAUACCUGUAAUUCUUGCUGGUGCUUCACUGAACUUUUGUACCUACCUUUUGAUCUCUAUAUACAGAGACAGAGAGUAUUUAGAUCAGUUCUUUCAAGCCUAAAGUGUUAUAUUACAGAGAGUAUUUACAUCAGUUCUUACUUUUGUUGGAUUCAUACCAAUGUUUUAGGUUCAUUCAAAGCUAUGACAAUGCUGUACAUUAUGUCAUUUU